ACACACACACACACACAUACCUGGCAACAUCGACAGUUGCUUUGUUAACACUUCACUGAGCCAAGAUGGCAGACUUCGAAGAGCUGAGCGAUGAAGAGAAGGUCCGCAUUGCAGCUAAUUUUGUGAUGCACGCUCCUCCUGGAGAGUUCAAUGAAGUCUUCAACGAUGUGCGGAUACUCCUCAACAAUGAUAACCUUCUCAGAGAGGGGGCAGCUCAUGGCUUUGCCCAGUACAACAUGGACCAGUUCACCCUCGCCAAAAUUCAGGGAUAUGACGAUCAGGUCCUGAUAACGGAGCACGGAGACCUGGGUAAUGGCCGCUUCUUUGACCCUCACAACAAGAUCUCCUUCAAGUUUGACCACCUCAAAAAGGAAGCCAGCGACCCCCGGCCCCAUGAUGGCGAGGCAGCCCUCAGGUCAUGGAGAGACGCCUGUGAUUCUGCCCUGAGAGCCUACGUCAAGGAGCACUACCCCAGUGGAGUUUGCACCGUUUAUGGGAAAACAAUCGAUGGCCAGAAGACCAUUAUUGCUUGUAUCGAGGGUCAUCAAUUUGAGCCUAAAAACUUCUGGAACGGUCGCUACCGGUCUGAAUGGAAGUUCAGUGUCUCGCAAUCUACAGCACAAGUGGUCGGGGUCAUGAAAAUACAGGUUCAUUAUUAUGAGGAUGGAAAUGUGCAGCUGGUCAGCCAUAAAGAUGUACAGGAAGCACUGAUUGUGUCUAACGAGAGCCAGACUGCAAAGGACCUUGUGAAAAUUAUUGAGGAUGCAGAGAAUGAAUACCAGGUGGCCAUCAGUGAGAACUAUCAGACCAUGUCGGACACCACAUUCAAAGCCUUACGCAGACAACUCCCAGUCACCCGUACCAAGAUUGACUGGAACAAGAUCCUCAGCUACAAGAUUGGCAAGGAGAUGCAGAACGCUUAGAGGAGUUACGAUAAACAAAUUGAAGAGAAGCCAAUGCUCGCGCAAACAUGUGUGACGCAACAUACCGUACUGUAUGUCCUUCUAAAAGAGACAUUGGUUUGGGGUUAUUAUUUUUAUUUUUUUUCCAGAGAAUGACAGCUUCCAUUAUGCACUACGAGGGGAUGCCUUCAUUUUAAAAUAACAUUGAGUGGUGUACCCGUCGCUCAUUCGCAAACGCAUAUUAUUUGUUAACAAAUAAUGCCUUUGGUGACACUGUGAAAGUUUGGGUCAUUAUGUGCUAUUUGAAUUCUCACAAUCACACAUGUUCAACACACAGUUUUCGGAUCCCACAGUGCUUCGAAUGGACACACAUUCUCCUAAAACCCCUCAACUUCUGUGUAGCAACUAAUUUCUCUCUUUAAAACAUAACUGAAAUUCUUUAAGAGCUUCCAAUACCUCUAUAGUUUUUUAUUAACAGAGGGCAAAUACUGUAUGCAAUUCGAUAUGUUGGCCGGGAAGACACAUGACAACGCCAAAUUAUACCGUUUUAUAUUUUGAGCCUGAAGAGCCCAUCUGUUUUUAUUUAUGCAUCCCUCUGGACGCAGGGUUGUAGCCAGCGGACAUGCCAAAGCAUACCUUUUUCUUUACCAUUCACUGAAUGCCCCCCUUUUUAAAUUUAGUUGUGUCUCUUCUCUCGGUUGUAGAGACGUUUUCGGUGAAAAUCCCUCUUUACCCCCCUGGACUGAUAAAGUAUUGUUGUCCUCCUGCCAGCUCUUUGCCUUUAGCUUUUGCUAUAUUUUUUAUACAAACUGUAAGUACAUUUAUUAUUCAUGAAAUAAAAAUAUUAUCUUCAAGCAAUGCUAAUCA